CCUGCCAGGGGCGGAAGUCUGGAUUUCUGUUCCAAACAGUAAUCAUUCCAAAACGGAGUGCGUAGUGUCAGCAUCUUUUCGGUCGCCCGCCCGUCAUUCGCGGUUACCUUUCCCUUGUCUUCGUCUACAUUUACGAAUCUUUUGACAUGCUUGCUCAGGUUAAAUAUUGCAUCACAGAUACGCAAUUUUUAACCAACUGGGUGGGUAAUAAUUUUGCAUCGGGAUUGUGCGCUGCGCGUGUUUUAUUUUUCUUGAGAUCUAAUCAUCAAUCACCUGGCUGUGUUUAAUCAUCUACAACAAUUAUUUCCUGCCAUCGCAGUAGGUCGGCUGUGUAGCCGCCUUUCCAACAUAGCAAAGGAUUAAGUUACUGCUGGUGGCGGAUUAUUUUAUUGGCUUCCUCUUGUCACGGUGUAGCUUCAGCCUUUUUAUCUUUUCCAAUUAAAAGGUUGUCUGAAAUCGAGUCAUGUCGUUCCGAAGAGGUGUGGUCAGACAGAGCAAGUUCAGGCACGUCUUCGCCCAGGCUUGGAAGGCAGAGCACUGCAUCGAUGACGUCCGAGUGUCCCGUGUCACAUGGGACGGGCCCCUCUGCGCUGUGAACCCCAAAUUCACCGCAGUUGUCAUCGAAUCAGGUGGAGGAGGGGCCUUCCUAGUUCUACCGCUCAAUAAGAGUGGCAGAAUUGACCAGGCCACACCCACAGUGUGUGGACACGCAGCUCCAGUGCUGGAUGUCCAGUGGUGUCCCCAUGACGACAACGUCAUCGCCAGUGCCUCGGAGGACUGCACUGUAAAGGUGUGGCAAAUCCCUGACGGAGGGCUGACUGGACCAAUGACAGAGCCCGUGGUGACACUGGAGGGCCAUAGUAAACGAGUGGGAAUCCUAGCCUGGCACCCGACAGCUUUCAAUAUCCUCCUAACUGCAGGCUGUGACAACCUGGUGUGCGUGUGGGACGUGGGCACGGGGGAGCUGGUGUACCAGAUAGCCGAUGCCCACCCAGACCUGAUCUACAGUGUGAGCUGGAACCGGGAGGGCAGUGCCAUCUGCACUGUGUGCAAGGACAAGGCGCUGCGUGUCAUCGACCCGCGACGGGGGACCGUCCUCAAGGUGAAAGAGAAGGUCCAUGACGGCACCAGGCCCAUGAGGGCCGUGUUCCUCUCCGACGGGAAGAUCCUGACCACCGGAUUCAGCCGCAUGAGCGAGAGGCAGCUAGCCUUGUGGGAUACGAGGGAUAUGUCUGAGCCAAUGGCAGUGCAGGAGAUGGACACCAGUAAUGGCGUUCUCCUCCCCUACUAUGACCCUGACACCAACAUGGUCUACCUGUGUGGAAAGGGGGACUGUACCAUCCGGUACUUUGAGGUGACGGACGAAUCGCCCUAUGUCCACUUCCUCAGCCUGUACAGCAGUAAAGAGCCCCAGCGAGGAGCAGGCUUUCUCAGCAAGAGGGGCGUGGACGUCAACAAGUGUGAGAUUGCCAGGUUCUACAAACUGCACGAAAGGAAAGUAGAGCCCAUUUCUAUGACGGUACCACGGAAGUCAGACCUGUUCCAGGGGGACCUAUACCCGGACACGGCCAGCGUGGAGCCCUCCCUUCUGGCCGAGGACUGGAUUGCCGGGCAGGAUGCGCCGCCCCUGCUGGUCUCUCUGAGCGGUGGCUACGUGGGCGCCCCCUCCAAGAACAGGGACACCCUCCGCAACAAGCCCAAGCUGUCGUCACAGGGCUCCGGGACAGACUCUCCCCCAGUCCCCCAGCAGGCUGCCAUGCCCACCGCAACAACCAGGGAGCCAGAGAACGAGGGGGUGGUGCAGCAGAGGGUCACUCAAGGAGAAGGAGCAUCCGAUAGGGUGAAAAGAGAGGAGGAAGUGCUGAGCGAGGUGCUAGCGGAGGUGAAGGCCCUACGUUCGGUGGUCUUGGCCCAGGGCCAAAGGAUCGAGCUGCUGGAGAGGCAGCUGGCCCGCAUCGAGGACGGGGACGUCUGAUUGGCCGAGGGGCGUCACCACUACACCCAAAGGGCGUUCUUACUAAAACUCCAUAGACCAUAGCCUUACUAGAAUCAACAACAGUACCUUAAGCUGUGUGUGUGUGGGAGGAUGUAGUGAAGUGUAGCUGAGUUACUAAACUGUGUGAAUCACAGAGGGGUCAAGAAUAAGGUGAACUAUUAUAGUGAAGGUGUACAGAGAACAAUUGGAUUCUGCGGGUGAAUCUCAAUUGUAUUUCCUCGUGUCCUCCGCUCUCCUCGCCUCCUCAAAACGCGUUGGAGAAGGUCAGAGGUUCCUACCCUCGAACCUUCUCCUCCAAUGCAUUUUGAGAAGGAGGCGAGAAGAGAGGACACAGGGACAGAAGGAAACACCAUUUAGAUGCACCCUGCAACUCUUUAGAUGCUGAUUCAGUUGGAUAGUGGUGAUAUAGGAUGAAGGGGGAUAAUCUGCAUAGGACUUCCAUACUGCAGUAAGAUAUGUUACUGUUUUUUAUUAAGGAGCGUUGAUGGUGACACUAUUUGAAGGUGUAUACAUUUAAGUAUCCAAUAUUGUGUAUCACUACAAAACUUAAGACAUGAGGAUUCAAUUGUAGCCUACUCACGAAUCCUUAUGCCAUACAGUAUGACAACUGGCACAAAUGUUAAUUUGGCACAUUUACAAAAUGGCACGUCUGUCUACAUUAUUUUGUAUAAUAUGAAUACACCCUCAACAAGUGUUAUCAAGUAGAUAGGCAGAUCAUUUACAGUUGCGCUCAUUGAAGCACUCACAUUGUGAAUCCGUUAGGGAUUGUUUAAUCGGGUAGUUAGAGCUGCUAACCGUGAUGCAUAUCAAACGUCAUACUCCAGUUUAUUAUUUGUAGUUAUACAUUUGUACAUGUGUGCAUCUAUACAUUAUUUUUCCAUUCCAUCAUAGGAAUCUCUUACCCUAGAUUAGCUGAAGAGAUGAAGUCAGACCAUUGGUAUUAUCAAUACAAGCGUAUAUGCUAAAAUGGAUAUAUACUGUUUACAAAACUGCACUGGUUAAUUGCGAUUGGAUAAGUUGUAUGAAACUGUGCUGUAUGGCGCCUAUAUCGACAUAUAAAGAAAAAACAUUGGUCAAUAUCCAAAUAAUGUUGAUUUUGAUAUGGGGCUUUUUCUUACAAAUGAUGUGAAGGACUUGAGUUGGAGGUACCUUAAAUGAUUGCUAUCAUGUAUGUUGUUAAUCUCUUGUGUGAUUUGUAUUUAAAUUGUUUGCGUUCGAAGAGGUAACACUAAAUUUGUGCUCUCCAACUUAAGUUGUCUUAGGUGAAUGAUCCCCCUUUGGUGAAGCCAAAAGCAGACUGACUAGCAACAUGCAGUAUAAUUUGUCACAAGGUGUUGUAAACUCCAAUGACAGUUUAUAACAGGGAGUUCAAGUAAAGUGUUACCUCAGAAAAUGUGUUCUGAGUAGAACAAACUUAAUAUCAUACCAUUUUAAAUCAUAGCAGUUCUAUGAGUGUCAUGAGGCACAUAACUAAAGAAAGUUGCAAUGAAAUUUGAGGAUGAGUUUUUUUUUUACUGUGUGAAUGAUGUUUUCCAAGUCAGUAGAACUAAAUAUAAUCGUUUUAGACCAGUGGUAUUCAAACUUUUUUAGCUGGGACCCCAUUUUUUUUCUGCAAGUAUUUCUCACGACCCUACCCCGAAAACUAAUAACAACCUUUAAAAUCUGUACAUUAUGAUUUUUACAUGCACAACCAUCCACAAUACAUUUACCCAAUAAAAUUGUAUUUUUCAAAUUAUCUUUCUCAAAGUUUGUAUAUUGUCCCAUACAAUAAUCUGUAAUCUUACCCCCAAAAAUGUGUCAAAUAAUGAACACCGAUUUGACACCGAUUUUUGAAUACCACUGUCUUAGACUAAUAUAGCAGCUGUGGUUUGUAUUUGAAGAUAGGAAAGAAAGGGCAAACAAUGCUCAACUGUUAGACGGAACUGAAAAAUAAUAGUUCACUGUGUUACAUUUAGAUUUUUUGCAUUUGUAAGCUGUUUAUACUGCACCGCUUUGCAGCCCUCGGGUACAGUUCAUAUCUAGCCUUAUCCCAGAUCUGCUUUUGGCUGUAUUGUCGACAACGACCACAGGAGUUGGCGAGACGGCACAAAUGGGUCUGGGACCAGGCUAGUUCACAUCAAGCUCAUCACAUUACUAAUUUAUUUACUAGAUUAAUAUUUAUUUAUGCACUGUCAUACUACACAUGUUUUGUGUGGUUGUGAACCAAUAGGGGAUGAAAAUGACACUCCACUGUGCGACUCUUCCAAUAAACAGUCCUUCCUCUUU